UUUAUGCCACUGCCACUGUACCGGCAUUAAAAUGGCAUUAAUUGUACCAAAAUCUAAGCCAUCACAAAGUCAUGCUUUCUUUUUAUCCCUUUUAACAGUGCAAAUUCACUCAACAUGAAGCUUAGAGAUCUCCAACCAUUAGAACUGUGUAAAGUAAAUUAAGGAUAUCUUAAUAGUGAUCUAGUAAAUAUUGUUUUUGGAAGAAUCUAUUAGGUUGUUUUCAUUUGGCAAAAGCUGCUAAAUCUAUGCUCACGUGGGCUGCAUUUUCCCCCCUCUUCAGGCGGGCUGAUUCACUUGCACCUCGCCAUGAAAAGGACCACUCUUGUUAUUGGUUUAUCUAUCAUUUAUUUAUUGAUAGGAAUGUGGUAGGCUUGAGGUACUGGGCUCACGUUGAAUGCAUGCAGGAUUUCAUGGUCUUUGUGAAGGACAAUAUUGGUUUUAAGAAGAAUAUGGAGAUUAAGAAGAACAUUUUGGUUUUGUUUGGAGUAUUGUGGUGCUUUUGCAUUUGUGGCUCGGCAAAACGAGGGACACCACCCUAUCAUAGUAGAUUCAUAAAGGAGGCAACACAAUCUCCCACAGUAGCAUCUUAUGACUACAUAAUUGUGGGAGGGGGAACAGCUGGUUGUCCAUUAGCAGCAACACUUUCACAGAACUUCACUGUAUUGCUAUUGGAAAGAGGAGGAAGCCCAUAUGGGAACAACAAUAUUACAAGGCUAGAGAAUUUUUCAGAAAACCUGGGGGACAAUUCCCCAACUGCGCCCUCUCAACAAUUUGUUUCAGAAGAUGGUGUUUAUAACCACAGAGCCCGUGUGUUGGGAGGAGGGAGCUGCCUCAAUGCAGGGUUUUACACCAGAGCAGCCCCCGUGUACGUUGAAGAUGCAGGAUGGGAUGGGCAGCUUGUGAAUGAAUCGUAUCCUUGGGUGGAGAAAAUAGUUGCCCAUAGGCCUAUUGUCAGACAAUGGCAAACUGCUGUUUAUAAUGCACUUAUUGAUGUGGGAAUUACUCCUAGUAAUGGGUUUACAUAUGACCAUAAAUAUGGUACUAAGGUUGGGGGAUCUAUCUUUGACACCCAAGGAAAUCGACACACUGCAGCUGACCUCCUUGGGUAUGCAGAUCCUAAAAAGCUUACUGUCUUGCUUCGAGCCAAUGUACAUAAGGUGUACUUCACCACGCAAGGAGUGAGCAGACCUGCAGCUUCUGGUGUUAUGUAUACAGAUGCAAAUGGACAAACACAUACUGCUUAUCUGACAAGGAGGACAGGAAGUGAGGUAAUAAUCUCAGCAGGUUCUCUGGGGAGCCCACAGCUGCUAAUGCUGAGUGGAGUUGGACCAGCAGAUCAUCUGACAUCUUUUGGCAUUCCAGUGGUGGUGAAUCUGCCCGCUGUGGGAGAAGGUAUGUCAGACAAUCCAAUGAAUUCCAUAUAUGUUCCAUCCCCAAAUCUGGUGGAGGCUUCUCUCAUAGAAGUUGUGGGUAUCACUAAUGUGGGAAGUUACAUUGAGGCUGCCAGCAUAGAUUAUACUUCAUCCUCCCGCAGGAAUUAUGGAAUGAUGUCUCCUGAGAUAGGGCAGUUGGCUACAGUUCCUCCAAAGCAAAGAACAAAAAAGGCCAUAGCCCAUGCAGUACAGAUGCAGAAACUUCUGCCAGACAUAGCAUUCAGGGGAGGCUUCAUUCUUGAAAAGAUCAUGGGUCCCCUUUCUUCAGGCCAACUUAGACUCCGCACCACCAAAGUUGAGGACAACCCAUCUGUGACAUUCAACUACUUUCAGAACCCACUGGACCUGCAACGUUGUGUGGCAGGCAUGCAGAUCAUUGAAAAUUUGGUGAAAUCACCCAAGUUCAUCAACUUCACCUAUUCUUCAAACACAAUGGAGCAGCUUUUAAAUUUCACAACCACUUGGCCUAUUAAUGUGCUUCCUAAGCACAAGAAUGACAACUCCUCGUUGCAACAGUUCUGCAAGGACACAGUGAUGACAAUUUGGCAUUACCAUGGAGGAUGUCAAGUUGGGCGUGUAGUAGAUCAGAAUUACCGUGUUUUUGGAGUGGAUGCAUUGAGGGUUAUUGAUGGUUCCACCUUUAAUGCCUCACCAGGCACCAAUCCUCAAGCCACUGUUAUGAUGCUUGGCAGGUACAUGGGAGUCAAGAUAUUGGAGGAAAGAGGGCAGUAUAGAAGGCAAUGACACUGAUAAAGGAGGAGAAUAAUUGAAGUAAAAAUUAGGGACUGAACAGAUUAUUCAUUGUUUAUGUAUUUUGUUGUAUGGGAUUAAGCAGCGUGAAGUUUACAAAUAACAUCUGUAACAGCAACAGUAUAUAUAUUUUUAAUUGGAUUAAGUUGUAUUCCUUUUCCAUUAAA